AUGAGAGCACCCUACUCGCUGUCCUGCCUCUUCCUGCUGACCCUGGGGGCCUGCUUCCCUCCCGGCGAGCAGCAGGAGCCCCGGCACCCCGCGGAGGGACCCGCGCUCAAGCCGAGCUGCCAAGACGUGGUGGCCGAGGACCCCGGUCCCUGCUGGUGGGCAAAUCCGAAGCGGAGGCGAAGCGAGGAGCUGAGCACCCUGCUCGGCAUCGCCCGGGAGCUGCAGGGCUACGGCACCCAGCGCGGGGGCCCGCGGGGGAGGCCGGGCAGGCAGGAGGGUCCCGCACCGCUGCCGGCCGGGGGCGAGAAGCGCGGGGGCACGCUGGGGAACCUGGCCGAGGAGCUCAACGGCUACAGCAGGAAGAAAGGCGGCUUCACCUUCCGCUUCGGGAGGUGA